CAAUCGGACUUUAUUACCGUUCACAGUUACAGAGAAGCCGGUUACGGUUAUUGGUCUGUGUGAAGUGCACUUUUGAAGCAGCUUUAGUGGUUUUACAACCUUGAAGAGCACAAAUGGCAAAGAAGGCGACUUCUCAUUUUCUCCGGGCGCUAGAGAUUUCGGAGGGACAGUCGUGUAAUAUUAUGAGGAGAAAUUCUAAUGCCACUAUCAGACAUUUGAGCUCUUGUGGUGCGUUAGCCACACGGAAGGCAAGCCUACCUCCUCCCAUAGAAUCUUCACAGGUUGUGCCCACCCGGAGCUUUAUUAAUUUAUCAGCGCACCUCAUAGCACGAAGAAUGGACUACUCAGAGAGCCGGGCACUUUGCUACUCACCUGAGCAGAUGUACAGCGUUGUAGCCAACGUGGACCAGUACCAGCAGUUUGUACCAUGGUGCAAGAAGUCAAAGGUCACAAGAGGGAGAAACGGUGAUAUGCGAGCUCAGCUUGAAAUUGGAUUCCCCCCCAUCGUUGAGCGCUACACCUCAGAGGUCACAGUUAUCCCAAACCACCAAGUCCGAGCGGUGUGCACAGACGGACAGCUCUUCAGUCACCUUGAGACACUGUGGCGAUUCACUCCUGGGUCUGCAGGACAAGCUGACUCCUGCAAUGUGGAGUUCUUUGUAUCAUUUGAGUUCAAAUCCCUGCUUCACUCACAAUUAGCAACAGUAUUUUUUGAUGAGGUUGUCAAACAGAUGGUCAAUGCUUUUGAGGUACGAGCGGCCAAGCUCUACGGCACCAGCUCCAAUCGACUUCAGACCACACGAAGAAGAGUUAUCUGAGAACCCACUUCAGAGGCUUUGUUUAAAUGGACAUCAGAAGAUACAUAGACACAUACAUUGUUACAAUGUAUCAGCCCUGGAGACUU